UAACGGGGUGACACUAGUAGAUCAGAGGUCUUCACAAGAACAAAUGCGACAUGGGAGUGGAUCCAAUACCUUUUAUUGGGCAACUCUCCUGGAAGAACACGCCCACGGCAUGGCAAAAGAAAUGACUCACUCACCCACGCGGGCUACGACGAGCGAUACGAAGUACCACUUAUCAAGAUUGGCUGCGCUGUGUCAAGAUUGGCUGCACUGUGGGCAUGCAGUUGCAGCUGGUUACUCUUCCGAUAUGAGAGAAGUACUGGUGUGUUAGUUUGUUCACUGCAUUUCAGUAACGGAUGUUAUAUAAAGGGUGGAUAUAACGCUUGAUUUGGAGAUUGUUUGAGACUGAAAGAUGUCAUGCUAAAACAUGCCAGACAUGAAGUUCACGGGAGAGUAACCACCUGUCUGCUACCUGAGAGGACAUCAGCAGGACCUCGGACACUUGAUGGCAUUGAGGACUGGAAUGUUUGGGGUGGAUGUGUAUCUGUAUCCAGAUGGUCUGAGGGUCGCUACACCAGAAGAAAUAGAGAGGUGGGCAUUUGAGAGGGAAAUGUACGAUCAGAAUGUACGUCUCUUUGUGGCUCUUUUCUCCUACAAUCCAGCCAUGAUGUCACCAAACCCUGAUACAAUGGAAGAGGAGCUGCCGUUCGAACAAGGACAGGUUAUUAAAAUCUAUGGAGAUAAAGAUGCUGAUGGUUUCUACAGUGGGGAGUCGGGUGGUCACUUUGGUUUUGUGCCAAGCAACAUGGUAUCUGAGAUUCCUGUGGAGGAUGAAGAGCUUAAACAGUAUCUGUUACAGCAGGGCUAUUUACAAGAGGAGACAGAUUCUCUAGAAACUAGUGAAUCUUCUUGUGUAACAGACAGUUUAAAGGUCCACAGGAUGGUGGCCAUCUUUGAUUAUGAUCCUUGGGAAAGUUCUCCAAAUAUGGACUUCGAGGCUGAGCUUCCCUUCCGUGCAGGCGAUAUAAUAUAUGUUUUCGGAGAAAUGGACAGAGAUGGAUUUUACUGUGGAGAUCUACAUGGCUAUCAAGGCCUCGUGCCAUCAAAUUUUUUGCAGCCAUUGCCAUGGGAUUAAUGAAAAUGAAUAAUCAAAAAUUAUCAACAGUCUAAUGACCUGAGAUUGUGAUUAUAAUCCGUACGCAAAGAAAAAUAAUUUUCCUUUAUAUGUUAAAUAAUGUAGUAUAUAUUUGUAUAUAUAUAUAUAAAAUAAUACAUUGUUAAUAUAUUACAGUAUUAUAAUAUAUUACAAUAGGCCUAUUUGAAAUUGUUGCUUUUAAAAUAUUAAAAGUGCAAGCUUGGUUCCGAUAUAAAUAAUAUGGAAAUGUUAUUAUACUUAUUAUAUUUCCAUAAAUUUGGUUUCGUAAGGGAACAC